GGAAGUAAAAGAUAAGAAAGGGGGAAAACCUUGUGUUUCCGGUGCACUGGUGCUCAGCUUUCGCAGAAAAAAGAGAGUGGACUUAAACUGCGCAGUUUGACUUUCACACCUAUCUGACCAUCUUUAUAUUCAACAGUUUUAAUACCAGACUGAAUAGUUGCUUCACAAGACUGUUUGGAAAUGAUGUUUUUCCGUGUCUUACUUUCAAUCGUGUCUUUGAUGACUUCUCUGCGAGGCUUCCAUGUGUUCAGUUGUGAUGAAAACUGUGCAGAUAAACCUGUAUUCACUCCAUCCAGACUGGAAGUGAACUUUGGUGACCCAACCUCUGCCACGUGCUUGGCUUGUCAGAAUACUUGCCCAAACAAUUUAUAUGGUUUGGAAAACGAUGUGGGGAACGCUACAAUAAAUGGAACCACGAUUUCAUGGGAGACUGACAGCCUGACUGAAUGGGAUACAUCUCCCAUGUGCUAUUAUACUGAUAAUAAUGAUAACCAGUGUUGUAGCACCCUGCCUAUAACCGUCUAUCAGCCUCCAAAAAAUGUCAGUUUCAGCUUCCUAAAUCACUCUGGGUCGAUGACUGCGGGUCAUCUGUACACACUGCAGUGUAACGUCCAGGAAGUUGCUCCUGUUGGUAACCUCAAUGUGACCUUCUACAGAGGACAGACAGAACUGGGCAGACUACAGUCCAACAACACAGAAAAGACACCAGUGACUGAGACCUUCACUCUGGUUAUCACCCCUAGAAGAGAAGAUGAUGGAGUCGAGUACUGGUGUGAAGCCAAGCUAGAUCUGGGAGCUGGAGGACCACAGCCUCCUCCAGUGGUGGAGUCAUGAAAACUCACCGUCACUGUGAACAGUAGUGCGUACAGUAAUUCCUGUAGCACACUCAUUCACAGCUUCGGUAUGUGCUUCCUGCUUUUAGUCUUUGCUCUAGUCUGAGUUCAUUUCCAGGGCAUGUAAGGGGCAGUUUGUUUCCACAACAAUACAGUUUCCAAUAUAGCUCAUAUCUGAUGCCGAUACACAUCAGUUCUCCUAAUGAGAGGCAACCUGUUGUAUAGUGUGUAGAGUGGUUAAAUUUCACAAUGUAAUACUGAUGUUUAACCACUAAAAUGCAAUAUUAUAUAAUCUACAAACUGAGCAGUUUUUAAAAUAAUAGUUUCUGCAGUUUUCUACAUACAGUGUUAUUACUCUGAAGCCAUUAUGCUAUACUUUGUUACCAGUUAAAGUCUGUAUCUUUAUAAUAAAAUGCUGCCUUGUGUUUAUGCUUGACUCAGUUAAAUGUUGUAUUUUCAUUAUUCAUGUUCAUGUACACCAAGAGUUAAGUGGAAUAAAAGUUGAAACUCUGAA